CGCGAAGAGAGGGGGGAGUGGGGUGCUUCUGCUUUUGCGUGGUGUUUGCAUACGGCGCCAUCUUACGCCAAGAUGCGCGUUUUCCUUUUUGGCAAUCCUAUUUCAUUCACCCUCUCACCUAAAUAUACUCUGUUCCUUUUCUCUGCUUUAAAUAAUUCACUACAACAUUCCAUUUCUCCACCUGCUUUUGUUUGGAUAUGAAUGUAUAGAGCUUUGUUUUGUGAUUGCUGAUUCUUCCAGCGAUGUGGGUAUUGUUGGUUUAGUUCACGGUGAUCGAGAAACUGAACUCUGUUCUGUUGUUUUAAAUUUUAACUCACUGGGAGGCAUUGAAAUUUGGAGUUCAUGGGCGUGUAAUGGAAUGCUGCUGGUUUUUGUGAAGAUUUAAGAGAGCAUUGAAAAAAGAUGAGUAGCAGAGUCAGAACUGUGAAGGCUCAGAGGAAGCAUGAAAAAGUGAAGGCAGAUAUGCAGGGGAACAAGGCAGUGGUUGCUGCAAAAGGGAUCAAGAAUCGACGAGCCUCAACCAAAGAGAGAAAAAUGGCUUUGCAACAAGAUGUUGAUAAACUGAAGAAGAAGCUUAGAAAUGAGGAGAACAUUCAUAGAGCUUUGGAGAGAGCAUUUACCAGACCUUUGGGAGCUCUACCUCGUCUUCCUCCUUACCUUCCUCCUCUUACACUGGAGCUUCUAGCAGAAGUAGCAGUAUUGGAAGAGGAGGUUGUUCGUCUUGAAGAACAGAUUGUGCAUUUUAGACAGGACUUGUAUCAGGAGGCUGUCUACAUUUCGUCCUCAAAGAGAAACAUGGAGAAUUCUGCCGAUUUGGACGAUCCUUGCCCUGAUAAGAAUCCCAAACCUGAGCAAUCCAAGGUUACGGAUCGAAAUGUAUCCGUGACAAGGCAUUUGCGGCGCCUCUUUGGCGAUGACAAGCGAGAAAAGGAGAAUCACUCUUGUACUAAUUCAACAAAGGGCAAUAAAGGAUCCUCAUUACAUAAAGCACAGCCAGUAAGAAGUUCAGUAAAGAGAAUGGACUAUAAACCAACAGAGAAGCGUUUAGAUCAGCAAAAGUUACAGACAGAAUGUCAAGGAAGAGAACAGAAUAAUGCAGAUGCAGGAAAUGUUGGCACUCAAGCUGAGCAAUUAUCAGGAGAUGAUGGUCCAAACAAAGUUUCUGAGGACAUUGUAAAAUGCUUGUCAAGCAUUCUCUUAAGAAUGAGCUCAACAAAAUGCCGGACAAGUGCAGAAAGUUUUCCAACACUCUCAAUGUUAGGGUCUCAAGAAAGAAGUAAAGAUUCAGAGUUUCUUGAUCCUUACAGUAUUUGUUCAGAAUUUGGAGGGAGAGAUAUUGGUCCAUAUAAGCAUUUGUUUGCCAUUGAUGCUAGCUCAAUCAAUCUAAAUCGAACUUCAAAUUCCUUAUUUCUGCUGCACAGGUUGAAACGUCUCCUUGGAAGACUUCCCUCUAUAAACUUGAAGAACCUCUCCCAUCAGGAGAAGCUUGCAUUCUGGAUAAACAUCUAUAAUUCCUGCAUGAUGAAUGCAUUCUUAGAAAAUGGAGUACCAGAGAGUCCAGAGAUGGUUGUUGCAUUAAUGCAAAAGGCAACCAUAAAUGUGGGAGGACAUUUGCUAAAUGCAAUCACCAUUGAACAUUUCAUUCUUAGAUUGCCUUACCAUUCAAAAUAUACAUUUUCAAAAGGUGCCAAAAAUGAUGAAAUGACAACAAGGAGUAUGUUUGGCUUGGAGUUAUCUGAACCGUUGGUAACAUUUGCCCUUGCAUGUGGAAGCUGGUCUUCCCCUGCUGUGAGGGUGUACACAGCUUCUCAAGUAGAGAACGAAUUGGAAGCGGCAAAAAGAGAGUACUUACAGGCAGCAGUAGGAAUUUCAUCAAGGAAGUUUGACAUCCCCAAGCUAUUGGACUGGUACUUACUAGACUUUGCAAAGGACUUGGAUUCGUUGCUCGAUUGGAUUUGCCUUCAAUUGCCUAGUGAGCUAGGAAAAGAAGCAAUUAAGUGCCUGGAAAGAGCAAAAAGUGAGUCUAUCUCAAACUUUGUCCAAAUUAUGCCAUAUGAGUUUAGUUUUAGGUACCUAUUCUACAUAUGAAUAGCAUUAGCUUCAUUAUAGAAUUUUGUUGAAAUGGUUUAGGGGUGUCAAGUAAUGGUUUUUGUACACAGCAACAGAGUAAAUAUCAAAGUCAUAAGCAAUCUAAGAUCUGCACCACCUGAUCUUUGUUGCAAGUAGCUGUUAUGAGAAUGUUCAUCAACAGUUUAUGCAUGUAAUUAAUAAAUACGAUUUGGAAUGGUAAGGGUUAUACAAAAAAAUUGAAAAUUGAUUU